GGUGAUGCAUCAAGUUGAAAUUAAAUUGCCAUGUCACCUUUGACAAAAUAUUGCUAUGUUUGAAGUAUUUAGAUAAUAUGACUAAGGAGGAGUAAAAUAUAUUUUUAGGGACUCAUCUUUCUUUAUUUUCAUCGUUUGGGGACUCACCUUUUAUUUUUCAUUAUUUGGGGAUUGGCGGUGGAAAAUUGAUUAUUUCUGGUGAGUUUGAUUUAACUAAUAUUAGCGUUUACAUUAAAACAAGCAAGUAAAUUAAAUUUCAUUAAACAAAGCUAUUUUUUUUUAAAAAAAAAAAAGAGAUAGAAAAUACAAGUUAGAGCAGACUCCUGACUCUUGGACGACCCUAAGCGAAAAUCUCCAGUCUCUUUCAAAGAAUUCACGCUAAUCUCAGCCAGGUAUUACAUCUAAUUUACGUUCUUUCUUUGCAAUUUAGACAUUUAACGUCACUAGACAUCUAUUUGUAUAUGUAACUUGUUAGGGUUUAGGGCUUAGGACUUCAUGUAAAAGUUUCAAUUUUUUGAAGGAAAUUCGACCAAAAUCUGUGUGAAUUCAUAACAGGUACUUACAUUGUUGCAAUGGAACCAAAACCAUGCAUCGUUGUUCAUCACGGUGGAUGUUGGAAAUCAAAUUGUGGCAGUAUGGAGUACGAGGGUGGGUCUACCACAAUAUUCAAUGAUUUGGCAGAGGAUUUAGAUGCAUUAUAUCUCAAAAAAUUAGUAUUAAAUUUGGGGUACACUAAUCUAAGUAAGUUGCAUUAUUUGGAUCCUAGGAAAACUAUGGUUGAUGGUAUUAGGUUCCUUGGAUAUGAUCAUGCGACAUUCGAUCCUUUUGUAAGUCUCUUGCUUGAGUAUAGUCUGAUUCAUGUUUAUUGUGAACAUAACUUAAAUAAUAAUCAUGAACCAUGCUAUAUUGUUGACUUAGGAAAUUAUUUUCAUGAUGAAAUAUAUGCCAAUACUAGUACUAUGACUUUUACUGAGUUGUUACAACACGAUAACGAGGAUGAUAAUGAUUUUGAGAAUCAUAUCACACCUAUACUAGAUGAUGGAAUUGAUUAUGAUGAAGACGGUAGUGAUAUGGAUGAUGAAGAGGUUGUUGAUGCAAUAGAAAAGGUUAAACAAGCUAAGAAAACUGAAAGGGACUACGAGGAGGAACUUAAGCAACUUGAAAGAGUGGCACAAAACAAAAGGAAGCAACCUGAUGAUUUGGAUAGUGAAUAUGAAGAUUCUACUGACCUGGACAGUCCUGACGAAGCCUCCGAUGAGGAAGAUUGUGGGUAUAUAGUGCCAGCACCACCCAAAAAAAAAAAGAUCUUCAAUGUUCCAAAAAUACAAACAAGGGACAACACCUCAAGAAACUGUGUUCUAUGUUGGGCAAGAAUUUGAUAAUGCAGAGCAGUUGAGAAAAGCAAUAACAGACUAUAGUAUUUUUCAUGGGAGGGAUGUGCAUUUGAGUACAAACAAAAAAAAUAGGAUCGGAGCCGAUUGUAAAGUACAAGGUUGCAAAUGGAGAAUUUGGGCUUCUUGGGCUACUGGUAAAAGAACUUUUCAGAUUAAAACACAUCAUGCUGAGCAUAUUUGUGGUAGAAAGAACAAGGUGACAAUGAUUUCUUCGUCAUGGGUUGCUUCAACUUAUGCUAGUAAGUUAAGAUUAACCCAUAUAUGAAAUUGCGAGAAAUAGUGGAGCAUGUGUGGUGUGAUUGGGGUUUAAAGAUUUCCAUCUGGCUAGCAGUUAAGGCUAGGAAAAAGGGACAAGCUAUGAUUCUUGGUGAGUAUCGAGAACAAUAUGGCUUAUUACACAGAUAUGCGUUGGAGAUAUUUAAGGCGAACUCUAACAAUACAGUUGUUUUGAAAUUAGACAACGGAGAAUUUCAACGAGUGUACUUUUGUUUUGAAGCAUUGAGGAAAGGGUUUCUUGCAGGAUGUAGACCAUUUAUUUCACUAGAUGGUUGCUUUUUGAAAGGUCCGUUUGGUGGGCAACUUCUAGUAGCCGUCGGGAGAAAUGGAAACAAUCAAAUGUUUCCGAUUGCAUGGGCUGUUGUGGAGGUUGAAAGUGGUGAUAGUUGGGGUUGGUUUUUGGAACUCUUAGCUCAAGACCUAGGUACGAAUGAUGGUGCAGGUUAUACCUUAAUGUCAGAUCAAAAAAGGGUUUAGUGAAAGCUGUUAGUGAAAUAUGGAAGCAAGCAGAAGUUAGGUGUUGUGCUAGACAUGUCUACUGUAAUUUUAGGGGCGUGUUUGGUGGGGGGCAAGAACUCAGGAAAUGGUUCUGGAGGAUUGCCAAAAGUACAACUGAAAAUGUUUUCCGUGAAAAUAUUGAAGCUUUUAAAAAAGUUUUUGAUGCUGCAGCAAAUGACUUGCUGAAAAGGAAUUACAGUAAAUGGUGCAGGGCAUUCUACACACCUCAAUCUUGUUGUGAUAACAUAGACAAUAACAUGAGUGAGGUCUUCAAUGCAUAUAUUCUUAACUCUAGGCACAAACCAAUCAUUACUAUGCUAGAGGACAUAAGGGAGAGUAUCAUGGAGAGGUUAUUUAAGAAGAGAGAUUUCAUCAGCAAGAAAGAGUGUUUUAUUUGUCCGAGAAUUCAAAAAAAGUUGGAAGAGAACAAGUUAAAGUCAAGGGGGUGGUCUGCAUUUUGGGAUGGGAGGUUUAAGUUUGGUGUGAGAGAAGGGAUUGAUCAAACUAAAUAUGUUAUUGAUCUAAGGGAUAGAACUUGCAGCUGCAAUGCAUGGCAACUUAGCGGAGUUCCUUGCAAACACGCAAUUGCUGCCAUUUGGAAGUCAGUGGAACAUCCCGAGCAAUAUGUUGCAAGUUGUUUUACUAAACUUGAAUAUUUGAAGGCUUAUGAUUAUCCUUUGUAGCCUUUAAAUGGACCUAAUGAAUGGCCAAUUUCACUAGCAGAACCAAUUUUGGCCCCUCCAUUUAAGAAGGUUAGAGGUAGACCACAAAUAGCUAGAAAAAAACAGGUUGGAGAAGUUACUAGCAAUGGUAAAAUGAGGAAGACUGGCAUGAUAAUGAAAUGCAUUGUAUGUGGAGAGCAAGGACAUAACAAAAGAAGAUGCAACUUAAGAGUAACCGAAGAGCCCCCUCCAAUUCACCAUCCCCUACAACAUAAGAAAAAGGGGAAGAAACAAGCCUCCCUUGUCACUGUUAAUAUACCUCCUGCAUCAAAUGACCAUGCCCCUCCUGCACCCCAAAUGCAUCAAAGAGGGGUAGGGUUGAUGACAUAUCCUAAUGAGUUUCAGAGGGUAACCUCAAUUAAUCAACCAAGGAGGCAAGCUGCUUACUACAUAGAUUAUGGGGGAGAGCAAACUUUGCGGUCAACGACAAUAAUGAAUGACAAUGCUCAAUUACCAUCACAAUCAACACAAAAUAGUGUUACUUCCUCUAAUCAUAGCUUUAUUGCUCCAAAAGGAAGAAACUAUAUAUACUCUCAAGCAUUACAGGAUUUGGCUAACAAAAAUAGAGUCCUCUGCAAUCGAGAUUGAUCAGAGGGUGCAAAACAUUUUAAAUUCCAGG